GAUCUAGAACGAAAGCGUCAGCUGCCCAGCCAGUGCGAGGGCAGAGUCAUACUCCGAUGUAGCUAUAGCCUGCACAAACUGCGCGUUCCAGUAGAGUUACCAGUAGCUGUGCAGUGCUGUAGGACAGAAGAGGGACACUCGGAGGAGGACAGAGCAGCUCUAGCCCAGGACUUGGGCUGCAUGGAGAGAGGAGAUGGAUGCUGAAGCUGGAGUCAUCUGCACACUGAGAGGGAGGGAGAGGAAGAAAGACGUCAGAAAAACAGCUCUGCUUCUCACAACAUCACCGUUCAGCGAACCUCGUAGAAAAAACUACUUUCGUCUUGCUCUUACGAAACUGUUUUUUGUGUAUGUUUGGGUCUAUGUGCGGUAAAAAAAGGGGAUACUGCAUGACAUUGUUUCCUGUUUGCUACGCAUCGUUUUCUCUGAUUUACUAAGAUGACUGCAGUGUCCUCAUACACCAGAACCUGAUGGAUAGCACACACCCUUACACUGUGCUAAACAAGCUCAAUGAGCAGCGCACCAAAGGCCUCUUCUGUGAUAUCACCAUUGUAGUGGAGGACGUAAAGUUUCGGGCCCACAAGAACAUCCUUGCAGCAUGCAGCGGAUACUUCAAAAAUGCUCUGACAAGUUCUGACACAUGCAGCUCUAGCCAAGUGCUGGAGCUUAUGGACCUGAGGUCUGAGGUGUUUGCCAACAUCCUGAACUUUAUAUACUGCUCAAAGGUGACAUCACUUGGUGCUGAUGACACACGGGGGCUUGUAGCAGCAGGAAGACGACUUGGGAUUCCUUUUUUAGAAAGGCUUUCCGAAGAGAAACAAGAUGACUGUGUGGUAUUAACAGACGUUUGCACAGCUCUUGGGUCUAGACAAACAAAGAAGGAAGUUUCCAGGCCUGAAGAGACAGACAGUACCAGAGGGCCUCGUAUUACUAAUGCCUUCUCUAUCAACGAAGUGAGUGUGUGCAGCAAUCCCUUCACUUCUGUAGUUCAAACCAACAAAGAGCAGAGGCUGCCAGAUGUGGGACAUACACCAUCAAACAUUUCGACAACCUCUUGCAUCAAUGGGAACAAUGAGUCAAGCCACACCCUCUUUGAUCACUCGUAUGCAGUAUGCAAACCAACCGAAGGCAAAGACAGCAGUCAGUGGGACAACAAUAAGGUCUACAAGUUGUCUUCACAGUCAAAGCAACUCAGUUACUGGAAUACAGGCCCUCUCAAAAAACGCCACAGACUGGGAGGCAUGUUGGGUAGAACUAUACUUUCAAGACCUGCAGAGCCACCAAAAGAUAAAUUAAACACAAUAACUCCCUCAUUAUCCACUGGCGAUUCAGAGGUACCUGCCACCGUUACGACUCCACCUCCACUUUUUUCAGAGGAAGAAAGAGAGAAACAAAUGGGCAUAGGGCUAUCUGCAGCCAAUAAUGAAAUUAAUGCGGAGUUAGGGCCGCCACCACUCUCUCCUCACACCGAGGAAAGCAUUUUACUUCACAGCUGCGAGCAGUGUCCAGAGAUAUUUCCAAAUAAAGAUCUACUAACCAUUCAUGCAGAGGUACACAAAAAAUAUUUUGUUAAUGACUUGUUUUGCAAAUUUUGCAGCAAAAAAUUCAUACAACUCAAACGACUACACAACCACGAGCAGGUAUGUCCAUCUGCUUUAAAAAGCCCACCUAGGGAUGUAUCAGCCAAAGACAUGGACCAUGAUUCAGAAGACGUAUUGGAUGUAGAGAGCGUUGACACACAGCUUCCUUCUGCAGAUCUCUCCGACCCUUACAUGCCAGAAUCUGUUCAACUGGUCCAUUCAGAGCAUCAACAAAGUGAAAAGACAGUGAAGCCAGGUGUUGGUCAGAGGAGAUACAACUGCAGUGUGUGUAAACGGGUUUAUGUUACCCUUUCCAGCCUGAAGCGGCAUGAGAAUGUACAUUCUUGGCAGAGAGCCUACCCUUGUCACUACUGUAAUAAAGUGUUUGCCUUGGCAGAGUAUCGUACAAAGCAUGAAAUCUGGCACACAGGUGAACGUCGCUAUCAGUGUAUUUUCUGCCUGGAGACAUUCAUGACAUAUUAUAUCUUGAAAAACCAUCAGAAGUCCUUUCAUGGCAUUGAUCCAAAUAUAUCUGUUAAAAAGAAAUCUGCCAAUGGUGGGCUGAAAGCAAGUGUUUAUCCAAUCAAGCUCUACAGACUACUUCCUAUGAAGUUUAGGAAAAAGCAGUACAAGACAUACAGUCACACGUACUCAGAACGUAUUGAAAUAAAUGAUCCAUCCUCUCUACACAGCAAUUCUCUCAUUCCUCCCUUUGAAGAAAAUGGUCUUAUUUGCCACGCUGACACAACUUCUUUUCCUCUAACAUUCAUGACAACAACUAAGAUUGUCUCACCUGUCGUACCUCGCAUCUGCUUCAACAAGCAAAGUGACCACGAUAUGGACCAAAGUCUGAACAGUGAAAUGGAAAUGCAGGGAAGUACAAGAAAAGGUGUUGAAACCAGAGAUCCAUCCACUGAUAACUGUGACAGCAUCUUCUCUGUGCAACCCAAUAAUGAAUUUUCUGCAGGUUGCAACGAUGAUCCAACAAUGAUAAUUAACUCAGACAACAUUAGUCAUGAUGUGUCACUCCUAAAUUCUUUGAGUACUGUCAAAAAGUUAGGUGAACUGUCAGCUUCUGCAAAAAGAGUUGAGGAGAUGACAAAGGAAAUACUUCAAUCAAGCACAGAGAAUCCGAUGUGUGAUAAAGUUGUGGAGACAUAUAUUGCCAAACCUGCAUGUCAGGGUCCAUCUCUGGAAAGUGAUUCUAUGCCUCUGUGUCAGAUAACAGUGAAAAUAGGCAAUGAAGCCAUCAUUCGCCGUCAGAUCAAAGGAUCUAAGCUCUUUCCAAGGAAGAAAAGGAGAACAAGAAAACUGAGUGGAGAGCAGAGUCCAAGUCAGAGCUCUCCAACAAGGGAAAACCCAGAAAGCCCCAGACUUCGCUUCAGACCAGACAUCUCUGCUUUCACUGGCCCGGAGGCGUACGAUGACGCCAAUGACUGUGACACAGCUGAUGAGCUUUGGCGUCCCUAUUAUUCUUACAAAGCUAAAAAGAAAAGAAACAAGCUCAAAUACAAACACAGCAGGCCUCUGUUUCACCAGUUUCCUGAACCAUCCGAAGACAGAACUUCUACCAGUGAGGCCCACCUCGAUAGAACUCAUUUUCCACCAAAGGAGCAGAGCUCAGGAGAUAGUGAAGGGGUGAAACAUAGUCCUAGCAUGAACCAUGGCCCAAGGGCCACCUACAGUUGUGACAUCUGUGACAGCUCUUUUAUUACUGAGACCGGACUGAGAGCUCAUGUAAUUGGUUCCCACCCAUAUUUCUGCCGGAGCUGUGGUAAACAAGGCCCCCCUGGUGAGGCACCAGUCAGUGGUGAUUACAUCUGUAAAAGUUGCAUGGAAAAUGGCUCUUGUUUUGACAACACACCCCGAAGCCCCAACCCAGAGAAGAAAUAUCGUUGCUCCUUUUGUCCCCAGCGUUUUCUGUAUCUCGCCACCAAGAGAAGCCAUGAGAAAAAACACCAGACAGAAAACAAGGAAAGUUACAUAUACGACACCUUUACAUCUAGUUCUAAAUACUCAGCACACCCAGAAGAGGACAAUAAACAAGGCACCACUAAGACGAAGGAGAGUGACGAUCAAGAGGGCAAAACCAUAAAAUCUGAGAGCAUGGAUGGAGAAUACAUUUUAACUGAUAGCACACUUAAAAACAAUGAUGCAGCUGACUUUAUGUCUUCGACUGCCUACCAAGAUGUGUCCUAUUCUAACAUUAAAAGACCACUGUCGCCCUGCUCCGACUCACUGCCUUCUCUCACCUCCUCAAAGGUGAAACAUAAAGUUGUUAAAAAGAGGCUCAAUGUGCAUCACACUAUGCAUCUCCUUUCAAAAAAGCAAAUCUGUAACAGUGACAAUGACGGAAACAAAACUGAGUCGACAGGACCUAGAAUGCACAGUCAUGAAAAGUCCAAUAAACUAUUUGGGAGAAAUGAUUCUGAAACAAACAGUGCACAAAUUUCUGUUCACAAGCCAGAUAAAUGGGUAUGCAAAGAGGAGCCCUUUUUCUAAAGAAUCUGAGGACUGAAACCAUUUGUAGAAAAAAAAAAACGUAAAAAAUGUUU